AUACUGUAGUAAAAUUUAUGCGCGCAUCAACCAAAUCACAGGGGUGUAAGCAAAGUUUGCCCUUUCUAAUCAACUACAGAAAUGAGAGUUUGAAAAGGAAAAAAACCGGCUGUUAACGGCAAAAUAAACCCGCCAAAGCAUGAUUUCAAAGGCUAAUGGCACUGGCACCACUUCUCUCUCACCUACGCUUCACAAGACUCUUCUUUUUCUCACCCAAGGCGCCAUUCAAGACUCUACCCAUCAGUGCAUUUUCCACAAUCACAAAGAACCAGACGCCACCCAACAGGAGAAAAACCUUUUCCCACAUGUUCCAAGAAUGUUCGAAUCGGAGAGCAGCCGAUACGGGAAAACAAGCCCAUGCUAGCAUGAUUGUAUCCGGGUUCGAACCCACGAUCUUCGUUACCAACUGUUUGAUUCAGAUGUACAUAAAGUGCUCCAGUUUAGAUUACGCCCUCAAAGUGUUUGACAAAACGCCUGAACGAGACACGGUCUCUUGGAAUGCGAUGGUAUUCGGCUAUGCAGGGUGUGGGAAUAUGGAAGUAGCGCAAUCGACGUUUGACUCGAUGCCAGAGAAGGAUGUGGUCUCAUGGAAUUCCUUGAUUUCGGGGUACGUGCAGAAUGGUAACCAUCGAAUGUCGAUUGAUGUUUUUUUUAAAAUGACGGGAGCAGGUAUAGAGUCAGACCGAAGAACCUUUUCUUUGAUCUUUAAAGCUUGUUCGGCUUUAGAGAACUAUGACGUGGGGAUUCAGGUUCAUGGGCUUGCGGUCGCUAAGGGUUUUGAUCUUGAUAUGGUAAGUGGAAGUGCAAUAGUAGAUAUGUAUGCUAAAUGUAGAAAGUUGGGCGAGUCGUUACAGUUUUUCCGCGAGAUGCCUGAAAGAAAUUGCGUUUCUUGGAGUGCUUUAAUUGCAGGUUGUGUCCAAAAUGAGGAGCUUGUGGGUGGUUUAGAGCUAUUCAAGGAGAUGCAACAGGAGGGAUUUGGGGUAAGUCAAUCUACUUAUGCUAGUGUUUUAAGAUCCUGUGCAGGCUUAUCUGCAGUAAGGUUGGGAGCUCAAUUGCAUGCUCAUGCAAUAAAGGCUGGUUUUCGAUCUGAUAUUAUAGUAGGGACUGCUACUCUGGAUAUGUAUGCAAAAUGUGACUGUUUACUUGAGGCUAGAAAGAUAUUUAACUCGUUGCCAACUCAUAAUCUUCAAUCUUACAAUGCUAUGAUUAUUGGGUAUGCUCGACGUUAUCAGGGCUUGGAUGCAUUAAAGGUGUUUCGGCUUCUAAUGAAGUCUGGUUUUGGGUUUGAUGACAUAAGCCUAUCUGGUGCAUUUAGUGCUUGUGCGAUGAUGAAAGGGUAUUUAGCGGGGAUCCAAGUACACGGAUUAGCAAUUAAGAGUAUUUUCUGGACUGAUGUUUGUGUGGCAAAUGCCAUUUUGGAUAUGUACGGAAAAUGUGGAGCUUUGAUGGAGGCUCAUUUUCUGUUUGACGAGAUGGAAAUACGAGAUGCUGUCUCAUGGAAUGCAAUUAUUGCAGCUUAUGGGCAGAAUGGAUACGAAGAGGCAACGCUAUCACUAUUUGUUUGGAUGCUCCGGUGGGGAAUGGAACCUGAUGACUUCACUUAUGGUAGUGUAUUGAAAGCUUGUGCAGGUCGGCAGGCUCUGAACUGUGGAAUGGAAGUCCAUAACCGAGUAAUCAAAUCUGGGAUGGGGUUUGAUUUGUUUGUUGGAAGUGCUAUUGUGGAUAUGUAUUGCAAGUGUGCAAAGUUGGAAGACGCAGAGAAGCUCCAUGACAGAAUGGAAGAACAACAAUCAAUGGUUUCUUGGAAUGCAAUGAUCUCUGGGUUUUCAUCGGAUGAGAAAAGCGAAGAAGCUCAGAAAUUCUUUUCUCGGAUGUUAGAAAUGGGAGUUAAGCCAGAUAGCUUCACAUAUGCGACAGUUCUUGAUACUUGUGCCAAUCUGGCAACUGUCGGAUUAGGGAAGCAAAUCCAUGCACAAAUUAUCAAGCAUGAACUCCAAUCGGAUGUUUUUAUAUCCAGCACUCUUGUUGACAUGUAUUCGAAGUGUGGAAACAUGCAAGACUCCAGGCUCAUGUUUGAUAAAUCACCAAAGAGGGAUUUUGUUACGUGGAAUGCCCUAAUCUGUGGCUAUGCUCAACACGGGCUUGGAGAAGAGGCGCUUAGGGUUUUUGACGAAAUGCAAGUUGAAGGUGUGAAACCAAACCAUGCGACUUUUGUUUCAGUCCUGCGAGCUUGUGCACAUAUGGGACUAGUUGAGAAAGGGUUGCAUUACUUCUACUCAAUGUCAAGUGAUUUUGGAUUAGAUCCUCAAUUGGAGCAUUUUUCUUGUAUUGUGGAUAUAUUAGGAAGGUCAGGCCAAGUUAGCCAUGCAUUGGGGUUUAUUCAUGAAAUGCCCUUUCAGGCUGAUGAUGUUAUUUGGAGAACCCUGCUUAGUGUUUGCAAGAUGCAUGGCGCUGUAGAGGUGGCAGAAGAAGCUGUGAAUUCUCUAUUGCAAUUGGAUCCAAAUGACUCUUCUGCUUACAUUCUUCUAUCAAAUAUUUACGCUGAUGCAGGAAUGUGGGAUCAGGUUUCUAAAAUGAGGAGAGUGAUGAAGUGUAGUGGGAUGAAGAAGGAGCCGGGUUGUAGCUGGAUUGAGGUAAAGAGUAACUUACACAUGUUUCUUGUCGGGGACAAAGCUCAUCCGAGACGCGAACAGAUCUACGAGAAUCUGGAUCUGCUGUUAGCUGAGAUGAAAUGGGCUGGUUAUGUGCCUGAUACGGAUUCUGUGCUCAUGGAUGAGGACACAGAAGGUGAGCACCUAGAAGAGCUCAUAUCGUGUACGUCAUAAUUCAUAUUCUUUCGAGUACAAUAAUUUUGGAAUUAGGGAUUUGGCUGUGAUGCCAAUAUGUGUGAACUGGAAGCCUUGAUUUGGCAAAGAGAUCAUUUUCCCCUGAGGCAUUUCAAGCUUUUAUAGUUUCGGGAUGAAAACAACUGGAUGAGAUCAAAAGAGUUAUGGGUGAAUGUUUGAUCCCUUUACAGCAGAAGAGCUUAAUGGUAGACUUUCGUUUCAUAUAUGCUUAACACAGACAGUGAUGUCCCAAUUAUUUGGAAUUGGCUACAUGGAUGUGCUUCCUCUUGUUGUCUU